AUGCGACCAAUCAAAGCACGUGAACAACUUGCCAUACCUGACGAUGUUAAAGUCAGUGUUAAAAGUCGUGUUGUUCAAGUAACUGGUAAACGAGGCAAACUUGUACGAAGUUUUCGUCAUGCUCGUGUCGAUAUUUCAAUGCCAAAAAAGAAUUUAGUUGUUGUCGAAAAAUGGUUUGGAACAAAUAAAGAAAAUGCUGUUGUUCGUACUAUCUGUUCACAUAUUAAUAAUAUGAUCAAAGGUGUUACAAAAGUAAGUAAUACUUUCAUGUGAAAUCUAUUCUCUUAUGGGAUUAUUUGGAUUCAGAACUAAUUUUUUUUUAUCUAAAGAGUAAAUACUUCAUACACAAAUUAUAAUACUAUUCUGU